CCUAUCUAGAUCUGGAAUUUUUUUUAAAAAUAUGACAUGCACGCAAAACCUAGCGUUCUCCCGCCACGCAUCAGAACUUUGAAUUAAUUUCUCCCUCCAAAUACUUUCUCUUCUUUGCCGGCAUCCAUUUUACGCUUAGAAAUCCAGGACAAAUAUUCGCGUUCACAAUCUCUGUACUUUUAUCAUCUACGAAUACUAUUAUUACAGCCGAAGAGAUAACUUUUGCCAGCAAUUCCUUCACACUUUUUAUGAAUGUUCUUGAGCAGAUCGCGAUAUAUUUAUUACAGAAUGCAAAGAAAGGCCAUUAAAUUUAGUUGAAAGAAAAAAUUCAUGGAGCCGAAAAGUAAAACCAAGGGUUUAGCAGACCCUUGCAAUGAAGAUACUGUGGAAUGCAGCAGUGAAGGCCAAGGGAGAAUAUUCCACGGGGUUCGUUUUUUCUUGGUCGGGUUUGAUCCUUCCGCGGAAAUUCAGUAUUGUAUGGAACUUGAAAAUGGUGGAGGAUUCAAUGUGGGACGGUACGAUACAAGUUGUACUCAUGUCAUUGUACACCAUCUUACAUACGAUGAUCCUAUUUGUCUUACUGCAAGAAAGGACAAGAAGAUAUUGGUAACCGACUGGUGGGUUGCAGAUAGCCUGGACAUUGGUUUGCCAGCUGACCCUGCACGGAUUUUGUACAGACCAGUAAAGGAUUUCGGAGGUAUUCCAGGUAGCAAGUCCCUUUGCCUUUGCCUAACAGGAUAUCAAAGUCAAGAUCGAUCAGACAUUAUGCGAAUGGUGGAAAUGAUGGGAGCACGAUUUACAAAGCCAUUGAUUGCGAAAGAAGUAACUCACCUUAUAUGCUACAAGUUUGAAGGUGAUAAAUAUAAACUUGCUAAACAAAUGGGACUAAAGCUCAUAAAUCAUCGUUGGCUUGAAGAUUGCUUGGAUGCUUGGACAUUGCUUCCUGAAGACAACUAUCAGAAAAGUGGAUGGGAGCUUGAGCUUUUGGAGGCAGAGGCUGGGGAUUCUGAAGAUGAUGGGGUAGGUAAAAUUGGCAGCCCCACUCCAUCUAGGCAAACCAUUAAGCCUGGAAGCCUUUUUAGGAGCCCCCGUAAGUCACUUGGAACGUUGAACUCAACGCCAUUGCAGGUAAACAAAAAGAAGCUAAGUAUGCCAAAAUCUCUGCCUAAAGUUUUUGCUGAAGCAAAUAGCGUUGGGGAGCAAAAUAUAAACAAGGAAAUCAUAGGUGUGCAGAGUAAAGUGACGCCUGGUUCAACGAAGUGUGACUUGGGCUCUUUGUUUCAAAAGAAAGAUUUAAUGAAUGGAGAUUUGAAUGGAAAAGCGAAUGAGGUGAAUCUUAAUGAAGCUCCUUCUAUAGAUUUAUAUGUGCCAUAUCAGGAAGAAGGAACAGGAAUCAAGUUACUGGUUGCGCAGAAGGAAAGAGAUUACAAUGGAGGAGUUGUUUUGACACAGGAGAAUUCUCCAGCAUCAGCAGUUAGGGCCUUUGAUGUGACCAGAACAGGCAGGAUUGAAAGAUCUGUAGGCUCUGCACAGGUAAGAAAUAUUCUAGGUGAAACGAGCAAGGAUGAUGUCAAAAGUUUACUGGCAGUAGAAAAUAAAGCAUCCCCUAGGCUGGUACCAUCUAGUAGUGGGUAUACUGAUGACAAUGUCCAACUAAGAGAUAGAGAAGGUAAUGAAACAAAUGUUGAUAAGAAAGUUCUUGCCAAUGCUACUUUAGUGAAGCAGCACUUUGAAACUGACCUGGGUGGAAGUAUAAAUGCAGAUGGCCAAUUAAAGACUUCAGAAAAAACCAAAAUGCAGACAUGUAAAGAUGGCCUAUCACUUGGGUCUGAUUCAGUGCUCAAUAAGGUGAUGAUGACUGAUGUUGGGUCAAAUUUGUUUAACAUUUCAAGCAACAUUGAUGAUGUUUUUGGCACUGGGAAAACUGUGAGGCCUCCUGAAGAAAUCUCAAAGCAAUCUCUUGUCUCUAAGAAUAAUAUCCUCUUGGGAAAUGAUGGGGUUUCCAAUUUUGGAAUUGGGAAUCCAGCAGACAGUGUAGAUAGAAAUGAACAGAAAUCUUGUGAUGUUGUAAGUGCAAAUGGUCUUUCAUCUGGCUUUGUGACACCAAAUGCUGAUUCUCGACAUGAGUCGUCAGUUGGUGAGAAGAGGCAAUAUAAAUCUAAAGGUUUUGCUUCAAAUAAGAAGAAGAAGACAAUGUCAGGUGGAAUGGUCAUGUCAAUAGGCAAAACAAUGCCCUUGGGAUCAGAAAUAAGUCGUGAUGAAGAAAUGCACAAAUUGGAAUUAAGUGCGGAAAAAGAAAACUUAGAUGAUGGGAUGAGUCAAAUGAACAAUAAAGGAGACAAAGGGUUCAAGAUGUGCUCCCAAUCACAUGCUUCUAGGAGCCUGCCUUCCAAAGCUCCCAAUGGUACUACUUUGCUGUCUAUACCAACAAACGACAUCUCAGUUUUGCCUAAAAAAAGAGGUAGAAACCAGGGAACUAACAAGAAAGCAGUGGUUGAUAAAACUCUUAUAUUGGAUGUUGAUAUUCAUGCUAAGAAAGAGGGAGCAGAACAUACUGAUCUGAAUAUGCCAAAUGGAACUGGAACUUCUUGUAAUCUUCAAGAAAAGCUUGUUGCUGAUGAAGAUAAUGAAGUUUCUCCGGACUUAAUUUUUGAUGCCGCUCAAUUAAAGUCCGAUGCUUUAAAUGACCAUCAACAGCACUUAAAUGAAGGGAGCAGUGCCACAGCAAUUUCUGACCAAAAAAUUAUUUCCUCAAAUAUUUUGGCUGAAAAACCUCAAGCUAUAGCAACAAGUGAAAUACCUCAGAAAAGGGGAAGGUCUUCUUCCAAAAAGGGAAAGUUCUCUGAAAUUGUGGAUAAGUUUAAUUCAAUGCCAAAGGAUGCUGAAGAUGAAGAAAAGGAUAAAGCUGCCUUGAUUCAGGUUAGAGUUAAUAAUUGCAUGGAUUCAGUGUCUGGAGCAGCUGUUUCUCAAGUUGAAAGUCCUAAUGAACUGCUGAAAAAUGAUAUCUUGUCAACACCUAGGACUGCAAAUCGUGGAACUCCUGAUUCAACUAACCAGCUUAGUUUAAAAACUAGGCUGGGAAAGUUAUCAUAUGCAUCAAAUGUUCAACAGAGCAAUGAUAAUAAAACUUUGCCUCAACAUUCAAGAAACUUAUAUCCGGACAGCAGUAGAACCUUUGACGUCGAUCAUGAUAGGCAAGUCUCUGGCAAUUUUGAACAAAAGCCAGUACUUGAAACAAAGGAUGUAAAGCACUUUGAGUUAGAAACUCCACAAAAUAAUGUAGGUAAGGCUCUCCAGAGUAAUCAGAUUAAAAAUAAAAGGAAAAUUGUUGCCAAUGGAAAGAGUGGAGCUUCUAAAAAAAAGAAUUCCAAAAGCAUUGCAAAUAUUACAGACACAAAUGAGACAAACUUAUCGGGCAUGGAUGAAGAACCUCCGGAUUCCAUGCAGGAUAAAAAACAAAAAGCAUCUAUUGUGAAAAGAACUCCCAAGGUUAAACGGGGAAAACUUGCAAAGAGGGAGAUACCCACUAAAGCUGCUAAAAGAUCACGUCAGGCUUAUGAAAAUGGUGCAGUAAAGGAAGAUAAAGAUGUUAAUCAGGUGGCCAAGCAGGAAAACUCUGUGAUGGUUUCUCGUUCAGAGCCAAAAUGCUUUUUAUUGAGUGGGCAUCGUCUACAAAGAAAAGAAUUUCAACAGUUAGUAAAGAAUUUAGGAGGGAAGCUUUUGAAAGAUUCUCAUAAUUGGUCUUAUCAAGCUACACAUUUAGUGGUUCCAGAGCCACUUCGCAGAACAGAAAAGUUUUUUGCAGCUGUUGCAGCUGGAAGGUGGGUACUUACAACAGACUAUCUGACUGCAAGCAAACAAGCAGGAAGGUUUCUUAAUGAGCAAGAAUAUGAAUGGCACAAGAGCGGCUUGAAUGAAGAUGGUACAAUCAGUUUUGAAGCUCCUAGAAAAUGGCGUUUAUUGCGUGAAAAAACUGGUCAUGGUGCAUUUCAUGGUUUUCGGAUCAUAGUCUAUGGAGAAUGCAUUGCUCCAUCUUUGGAUACUUUGAAACGUGUGGUGAAGGCAGGUGGUGGAUUAAUUUUAGCAACUAGUCCUCCAUACACCCGAUCCCUUGCCGCUGGUGUACAUUUUGCUGUUAUCAGCCCAGGUAUUUCUCGAGAUGAUAUAUGGAUUCAAGAAUUUCUGGGCCACAAUAUUGCUUGUGUUUUGGUUGACUAUUUAGUUGAAUACGUGUGCAAGCCAUCCUAUCCUCUUGAUAAGCAUGUCCUGUUCAACACUCACGGGGCAGUUGAAAAGUUAUUGAAAAGUAUGGAAAUGAAUAUUCAGUCUGCAUUGUCUAACAGUAUACAUCAGUUGACUCCCCAAGGAGAUAGUGGGGCACAGAUGAAAGUGAGGGAAGAAGUUAAGGAUGAACAUGUUUCAGAAAUUACCUGUGCUGCCUGUGGAUCUGUAGACAGAGAUGAUGUAAUGCUUCUCUGUGGGGACGAACAAGGGAGGGGCUGUGGUAUUGCAAUGCAUAUUGACUGCUGCCAGCCUCCUUUAGAGGAAGUACCUGAACAAGAUUGGUUUUGUUUCAAGUGCAAGUCUUUAACUGAUUAUAAUUUCCAGAAGGCCAAAUAUUCCAAGAAAUCCUAACCAAUUAUGGAUUCUAGAACAUUGAACUGUCAACAGUUCAAUCAUGUGAAUAAUUCUCUACCUGCUAUUUUCUGUUAAAUUAGCAGAGCAGAAGCUGUACAACUAUAUUUCUAGUGCCUUUAGAAUAAGUCUGUACAUUGUUACCUAAAAUUAAGCAGCGCUUGAAACUUUCAGAGGAAUACAAUUUCUGAGGUCGUUUAGUUGCAAAAAAUGUAUGAGAAUACAGCUGUAAACAUCUAGAUUAGUGUGUUCUUUAUUUUUCUUACAUCUAGAGUCCUGAUGUAUAACUAUUAUGGUUAUUCGUUUAUUCCAAUAUUUUAAUUCAUUUGCAAUGUUUUAUGUGCAA